GGCCGGGGAGGUGAGUGGGGGGGGACCGGGGGGUCCCGGUGUUCGUGCCGGGGGUCGUCGAGGAGUCCCGAGGGGUCCCUGGUGUCGGUGCCGGGGGUCCCGGGUGUCGGGGGCGGUCCCCGGUUCCGCCGCUGAGCCGCCUCUCCCCGCCCCGCUUCUCCCCCCGGUCCCGCCAUGGGGGAUUUGAUCCUCAACUUGGACUUGUCCGUCCCCGAGCGGCGCCCCAAGAAGGAGGGGGGCAACCGCAAGCACCAGAGCUUCGUGCGGCGGCGGCGGGAGCUGGAGCGGCGCGGGGUCCUGCGGCAGAAGCAGCUCCCCCCGAACCCGGGAGGGGCACGACGAGCCCCGGCGAAGCCCCCCCGGCCGCGCCCUAAAGAGAACGGCUCCGUUCCCCCUGAAAGCCAAGGGAGGAGGGGUCGGGGGGCAGCUCAGGUGCCUCAGGACGGCCCCGCGAACACCAAAGGGAAGGGUCUGGGGUCCGCUGGGGGUGCCCCCGAACCCACCGGCAAAGCCCCCUCGGCGAAGCCCAAGGGGAAGAAGGGUCGGGGGGCGGCGGCCGGAGCGCCCCCGGCGCCCACCAAGCUGCUGGCCAUGGACUGCGAGAUGGUGGGCACGGGCCCCGGGGGCCGCACCAGCGCCCUGGCGCGGUGCAGCAUCGUGUCCUACCACGGGGACGUCGUGUACGAUCGCUACGUGCGGCCCGAGGCGCCCAUCGUGGAUUACCGGACCCGCUGGAGCGGCAUCCGCCGGCACCACAUGGACAGAGCCGUGCCCUUCCAGCAGGCACAGCGGCAGGUGCUGCGCAUCCUGGCCGGGAAGGUCGUGGUGGGCCACGCCAUCCACAACGACUUCAAGGCGCUCCGGUAUUCCCACCCCAAAGCCCUGACCCGGGACACGUCCCGGAUCCCGCUGCUCAACCGCCGGGGGGGCUUCCCAGAGAACAUGGCCGUGUCCCUGAAGCGCCUCACCAAGGCCCUGCUGAACCAGGACAUCCAGGUGGGUUCCAGAGGCCACUCCUCGGUGGAGGACGCCCGAGCCACCAUGGAGCUCUACAAGGUGGUGGAGGAGGAGUGGGAGCAGCACUUGCAGCAGAACCCGGAGCAGGAGUGACCCCCUCCACUCAGGGGGGCCUGGAGUGACGCCCCCCAGCCUGGUCCUGCCUCCAGAGCGGGCCCAAAGGGACAUCCCCAGCCAGGUCUUAUGCCUUAGAGGGGCCUGGAGUGAUGCCCUCAGCCUGUCCUGUGCCCUGGGGGAGCCUGGAGCGAUGUCCCCAGCCUGUCCUGUGCCCUAAUGGGGGCCCAGAGUGAAACCACCACCUUGGUCCUGCCCUCAGAGGAGCCCUGGGAGGAGCCGUGGGUGCUGAGGAGCUGCCCCAUCCGUGAAUGUCCCAGAGCCAGGAGCGAUGUCCCUCAUCCCUGAGCCCCCCAACGUGCCUUGUGCCGCUGCUGUUCUGCCCUGUCCUGCCCAGAGACGUGGGGAGAGCCUGGGCUGGUGCCUUCCCAGAGGAUGGUCUUGGGUCCUGCACCCUUGGAACAGUUUGGGGAGCUGCGUGGGGGGUCCCGAUCUGGGGCAGCCCCCAUCCGUGGGGGAUUUGGGAACGGAGCAGGCUCCUUCCCGUCCCCAAAACUACCUCUGCCAGCACGAGGAGGAGGCGUGGGAGUGGGCGGGACUGGGAUCCCGCCGGGAAGUCUCCACUCCGCUGCAGGAGCUGCUCCCGUCGGUGGUUCGGUGCCACCUUCCUCGUCGCGAAAGGGGCCGGGACGAGCCCGGGCGCGGGGAGCAGCGUCUCCCCAUCCACCUUUCCGAGCCCCCCCGCGCUGCCCUGGGGACGCCCCCGGUACCGGCUGCUGGCCGUGCCCUCGGCGCGCCCCACCCCGCCGCGGGGCUGCUUUGAACUGUGAAAGGUUUAUGCGCAAGGUCCCA